CGGGCCCAGCCGCGCGCAGCACCGCGCUGGCAGCUCGUGUGCCAGGCAGGUAGGCAGGCGCCCGGGUGCUGCUCCCUCCUGAUUUCUCCGAGUUCCUUUAUCAGCCCCUGCUCCCCGGGGUGGAAGCACUGAUCUGAGCUUCUUGAAAGGCGCAAAGAUAUCUGAGGUUUGGAGGCCUGUUUUUGAGAGAAGAUGAGUUUCCCUGCCCAGAUAAUGUAAUUGAAAGACACUGGUGUGAGCAGACUUGACCAUGGGAGCCAGUGCUUCAAGCAAACCACCAGUGUUUGAUGAAAAUGAGGAUGUCAACUUUGACCACUUUGAAAUCUUGCGGGCCAUUGGAAAAGGCAGUUUUGGAAAGGUGUGCAUUGUACAAAAGAACGAUACCAAGAAAAUGUACGCCAUGAAGUAUAUGAAUAAACAAAAGUGCGUGGAACGCAACGAAGUGAGAAAUGUCUUCAAGGAACUGCAGAUCAUGCAGGGCCUGGAGCACCCAUUCCUGGUUAAUUUGUGGUACUCCUUCCAAGAUGAGGAAGACAUGUUCAUGGUGGUGGACCUCCUGCUAGGAGGGGACCUGAGGUAUCACCUGCAGCAGAAUGUGCGCUUCCAGGAGGACACGGUGAAGCUCUUCAUCUGCGAGCUGGCCCUGGCCCUGGACUACCUGCAGAGCCGGCGUAUUGUCCACCGGGAUAUGAAGCCUGACAAUAUUCUGCUUGAUGAACAUGGGCACGUGCACAUCACAGACUUCAACAUCGCGGCCAUGAUGCCCCGGGAGACACGGAUCACCACCAUGGCGGGCACCAAGCCUUACAUGGCACCUGAAAUGUUCAACUCGAGGAGAGAAGCAGGCUAUUCCUUUGCAGUGGACUGGUGGUCACUGGGAGUAACCGCAUAUGAGCUGCUAAGAGGCCGGAGGCCAUAUCACAUUCGCUCCAGUACUUCCAGCAAGGAAAUUGCCCAUAUGUUUGAGACAGCUAUUGUGACUUAUCCGGCUGCCUGGUCACAGGAGAUGGUGUCGCUUCUUAAAAAGCUUAUGGAGCCUAAUCCAGACCAACGGUUUUCUCACUUGUCGGAUGUUCAGAACUUCCCGUAUAUGAACGACACCAAUUGGGAUGCGGUUUUGCAAAAGAGGCUCAUUCCAGGUUUCAUCCCUAACAAAGGGAGGCUGAAUUGUGACCCUACCUUUGAACUUGAAGAAAUGAUCUUGGAGUCCAAACCACUUCACAAGAAAAAGAAGCGGCUGGCAAAGAAGAAGGAGGAGAUGCGGAAGUGCGAUUCAUCUCAGAUGUGCCUUCUUCAAGAGCAUCUGGAAUCUGUCCAGAAGGAGUUCAUCAUUUUCAACAGAGAAAAAGUAAAGAAGGACUUUCAUGAACAACAAGCAAAUCUAGCCUUGGAACAAACCAAAGACCCACAAGAAGAGGAGGGCCAGAAUAGCACCCUGUGAAGUCCAUGGUGUCAUCUGGGUCAUUUCCUGCCCUCAGACCAGAAACUUCUGAUCUCGCGUCAGGAAGAAGUGUCCAGAGUCCUCAUCUCUCCAUUCCCCAAGCACCUUAGAUGUGAAUGAGCAGCUAUGGAAGGAGCGUCAUGGCACAGGGAGGAAGUUCCCCGCACUCCUGGGAUCUCCUUUCACCGCUACCAGGGUGACCUUAGGGGGGGUCACUUAACUAACACUUCAUCUACAUCAGCUUAGCCAUCUGCAAUGAGAUGGUUGCACUGCCGCUCCUCUGCCUUCCCACUGCUGACAUUCUGUUAUUUUAAACAGCCUUAAUUUUUAUCUGUCAAAGAUCACUUGAGCGUAGGUUUAUUUUUCCAUAUCUUCUAAUUACACUGUGACAAAUGGACAUUGGUGGGUAAUUGAGUGACGUGACUGGGGGUGAAUUCUAAGUCUUCAGGGCUAGAAAAUGUCAUAGAGACCAGAAUCCCCAAGCCUGACUGAAUAGGAAAGGGAAAUUACUUGGAAAGAAAUGAAUGGGACUAGAUCAGAAGUAGCAACAAGAUGUACAAGGGGCUCUGAGGUGUGUCCUGGGUCAGUCCCCUGCGACAGUUUGUGUCUGCUGGCUUUUCCAAAAGUCCUGUAACGAUGUGAAGUUGGAAUUGACAAUCAGGGGAGAGUUUACACAAAGGGAAUUGGCCAAAGCUACAAACCAAGGCAUUCUUCUCCCUCUCCCAGUGAGUGUUAAGUAUCUACUAGCAUGACACUCAAUGCCUUCUAGCAUGCUCCUUGGUGGGCUUUAUCAGAGACCUAUCAGUAGAGGAUAAGAAAAGAGUAUUGUCACAUCAAACACACAUCCACCUUGUGGUUAGAGCUCAGUUGUACCUUCCACAGGUAGCAUAUUUUAAGUAAAAUAUGAGGUAAAUUUGGAAGGCAAUAAAAUUUCCCCUUUAGAUCACUCAUAAGGAGAGUCUCCUUUCUUCAUGAAGCCCAGUCUAGUGAGUCACCCCCAUUGGUAAUGAAAUAAGUCACUGUUUGGGUUUAUUCUGGCUUCGUCUCCUACUGCUAUUUUUUCUGCCUUGUUUUGACUAAUACCAGUUCAGUGGAAGUGUAGAUAUGGCUUCCUAGGCCAGGAUUACACUCAGAGCCAUGGAAUGCACCCCAUGUGAGAGCAUGACUCCCAACUUACAGCAACAAAUAGUGCACAGCUGUCUAAUUAUUUAAAAUAUUAUCCAUGUCCUGCUCUUUUGGGGUUUUUUGUGUCUUAAUUUCCAAAGUUUAAUUUCCAUAGGUGAGAUGUGCAUAUGAUAUAACUCCACUCUCCUGGGACAGAACUAUAGUUGGUAACCCACAGAUGCCACAGGGCGGGGACAGGAAGCGAAUGCAGUGGGGGAGGGGAGAUUAUUUUCACUUCUUGGCCUCUCAGACCCCCUACCUUGUCCUUUUUAAUAGAGAACAGGAGAACAGGGUCUCACCAAGAUGGCAGUCAACAAAGAGAAGCAGGCUGGCACUCACUUGGGAAACCAGGCAGACAGACACAGGCAGAGAAGUUACCAGAACAUAUGCCCAUUUGUGACACAGGGCUUUUCUAGGAGGGAAGUCACACCAGGGCAAGCAAGAGUGGGUAGAAAGCCAGUGCUGAACUUGAGCUAGGCAUUUGGGGUUUCUGCUCAUGGUACUAAUGUGCCCAGGAUGUCCAGCAGAGUUGUCAAAGUGCCUCUACUACAAGCAACCACACUUUUGUUAAGAAUUAAAAGCCAGCUCUUUUGUUCUGUUUGUCUCCUUUUCUCUGUAUUUCCCACACGUUACCUAGGCUAUUUUUUUUUUCUCUAAACAUAAUCUCUCAAGUGCUUGCACAGACUCAAUUUCAUGAAAGGGGAAGGACUGAAAAGAGCGACACUAAGACAAGCAGACUCUGCUCCAGGUGGAAAAGCAGCAUGUCAAGGGCUGUUUAUCGGCUUCCAUCUCCUGUUCAUUUCUCUUCCAGCCCUGAGGUGCUCUGUCCCUGUCACCUGCUUCCUCCUCUUGACAUUGCAUAUAGGACCCCAAGGGGAGAGUCUGAGAAACAUAGAGCCAGAGGCAGGGGCAUAGAUAGGCCUCUGCUGGGAAAGGCUCAUCGUCUGUGCCAUUUCCGUCUACCCAAUUCAUACAUUGCAUUUAUACACUAUCUGUGGUUUGAAUCCCUAGGCUUUAUUUCCAAUGAGCUGCUUCUGACAACAUUUAUACUAGCCUUUAGUGACCAUGGACCACCUGGCUGGAGGGCACAGUCUUGGACAGGUCAGGCACAUUUCGACCAGUUCAUAGACCCCCCCCACCACCACCACCACCACCAC